UCACCCCUCCCCCCCGUCUUCUGUUCGAUCGCUGCUGCUGAAGUUCCGUGUGUGUCUCGCGCUCUUGUUUUUUUUUUUAAUCGGAGCGUGGGAUGGGGUGCACGAGCGAGUGAGCAACCCCUCCUCACCCCCCUCACAUCGAACCGAACCGAACCGGACUUAUUAUCAUUUUUUGGUUGUUGUGUUCGUUUAAUUCGGAUCUGUGGGCCGUAGGAAGAGACUGGGGCUUUCCCUCUCGGUGCGUGCGUGCGUGUGAGUGUGUGUGUCUGUGUGUGUGUGUGUGAGAGAGAGAGAGAGAGAGAGAGAGAGAGAGAAAGAAAGAGAAAGAGAGAGAGAGAUGUCGGUGGCAGGAGAGUGCGGCUUCUCCAGCGAGGAGGUGCUGAGCGUGCGCUUCCCGCUGCAUCGCGCGUGCAGGGACGGUGACGUGCUCGCGCUCCACUCGCUGCUCCACAGCGAUACACACCGAGCUGGUCUGCUGUCCGAGGACUCCUUCUACGGCUGGACACCCAUUCACUGGGCCGCUCACUUCGGCAGGCUGGAGUGUGUGAUGCAGUUAGUGCAGGCGGGUUGUGGGGUGAACUCCUCCACAUCACGUUUCGCUCAGACUCCGGCUCACAUUGCAGCGUUCGGUGGACACCCGCAGUGCCUGAUGUGGCUCCUGCAGGCUGGUGCUGACCUCAACAGGCAGGACUAUGUUGGAGAAUCCCCCAUUCACAAGGCGGCGCGUGCGGGUAGUGCUGAGUGUAUUAACGCUCUCCUGAUCCAGGGAGCGAAAGCUGACUUGAGGAACGCUAGUGGACUGACUGGAGCUGACCUAGCCCACGCCCAGGGCUUCGGAGAGUGCGCUCAACUGCUGUCCAACGCCCAGAACCAGCAACAGCUCAGCCGUUUUAACGGCUUCUCCUCCAAUAGCUCUGUGGAGCAGACCCGUGGCUUCCUUAACGGCACACCCAGUAGAAAGCGGUCGCUCGAUUGCAUCGAGUCCAGUCAGUUUAAAAAGGCCAGAACCAGCGCUGCAGAUCUGGACCUUCAGAUGAAGCUGAUGAACGGGAUGAACAGCUCUGGCCCAGAGAACCUGAUGGACAUGACGCACAUGGAGUUCGGACCAGCACUGAGCAGCACCACAGGAAACACUGGUGUGAGCGAGAACGGCAGCAUGAUACUCAGUGGAUUCGGAGAUGCCGAAGAGAACAUGGAGGACAAGAAGCCGGGUGGUUCUGAGGAGCAGUACAACCACACGUUCUUCCACACCGUGCACCUCUUCCACGGGUCUUAGAGAGAGAGAGAGAGAGAGAGAGAGAUGCCAAACAUCUUUAGUUAAGAGUAGGGAUGCAUCGAAACCAACAUCUGAUACCAUGACACUAAUGAACUGACCUCCAUCUGAAGCAUUUUAAAUAUUGCGUCUAUGAGUGUAGAGCAGAGAGAUCACUUCAUAUCUACAAGUACUGAGCACUGUGACACUUCUCUUCUUCCUUUCCCCUCUCAGCAUUCUACCAAACAGAGCUAAAUACACUAUAUUGCCAAAAGUUUUGGGACAUCUGCCUUUACAUGCACAUGAAUGUAAUAUGGAGUUGUCCCGCCCUUUGCAGCUAUAACAGCUUCAACUCUUCUGGUCAGGCUUUCCACAAGGUUUAGGAGUGUGUUUAUGGGAAUUUUUGACCAUUCCUCUAGAAGCGCAUUUGUGAGGUCAGGCACUGAUGUUGGACGAGAAGGUCUGGCUCACAGUCUCCACUCUAAUUCAUCCCAAAGGUGUUCUAUGGGGUUGAGGUCAGGACUCUGUGCAGGUCAGUCAAGUUCCUCCACACCAAACUCACUCAUCCAUGUCUUUAUGGACCUUGCUUUGGUCACUGGUGUGCAGUCAUGUUGGAACAGGAAGGGGUCAUCCCCAAACUGUUCCCACAAAGAGCAUGAAAUUGUCCAAAAUGUCUUGGUAUGAAGCUGAAGCAUUAAGAGUUCCUUUCGCUGGAACCCUUGUCCAACCCCUGAAAAACAAUUCAGUGAUUUGGAGGGGUGUCCCAGAACUUUUGGCAAUAUAGUGUAUUUAAAACUGUGAUGUUCCUGAGUGAUUAAUACUAGCUUGUUAACUCGUUUCUGUGUCAGUGUUGAUAGCAGUACCUAAAACCCCCUUUUCUCAUACUGGAAAAACAUGUUAUCGAUGCAUCCUUCCUCCAGAGGAUAUGAUGGAGUGCGCUACUUAUUUCCACGCAGUCUGUAUGAAUCACACAGAGUGUUUCUGCGUAACAGCACAUCAGUAUUCCUCUCGAAAUAAUAAGGGAUUUUAGAUAAGACUUUGUUUAUUUUUAUUUUUUGCCUUGUAUUGCUUUUUAUUCACUGUUCAAUCCAAAUAAAACUCGUUUUCCCUGACCG